GCCUAUAAGUACCUGCAUCUCACCUCUGAAUCACUCGCAGCAACAACUGUACAAACAGCUGGCUAGCGAGCUACCAUCAGUGACCAGUAGUGUGCAUUGUUAGCGGUAGGAAGUGUUACGGGUCGAUCGUCACUGAUGGCUCCGGUCUGCAUCUCCGACGAGCGUUCAGUUGCAGUUUCGGCGGAGCGGUUUUGGAAGGUCUUCUCGAACCCGCCCGCCAUGCCCAAGGUCUGCGCUGGUUUCUUCGACGCUGCUGAGGUUGAGGGGGAUGGUGGGCCGGGCACCGUUGUCAUUCUGAAGUUUAACCCUGCUGUUAAGCAAGGGUUAUACAAGACACGUGUGGUGGCACGUGACAACGCUUCUCAUUUUCUCAAGUCAGAGGUGCUGGAGGUGGCGCUUGGCAGGGCAGGCAAGCUCAAGACACACUUGACGGAGACGAAGCUUGAGGCCACCGGUGCCGGCUCCUGUAUGGCCAAGCUCAGGGUGGAGUGCGAGCCUGAAGACGGUGGCUCGUUGUCGCCGGAGAAGCAGAAGAUAAUCCUCGAGGGCUACUUCGGCAUGCUCAAGAUGAUUGAGAACUACCUUGUGGCUCACCCUGCCGAGUACGCCUAAAAAUAAGUGUUACAAACCAACAUAAUGCAUUCAUCGCGUGCAUGAUAAUUAAAUAACGUUCGUGAGCCACAACAAAUCCAAUUUCUUGUGGUGUUUGAUUUCAUGUGGGUGGUUGUGUGUGAAAGAUAACUUGUGUUAUUUCAGUAGUUGUCAUAGUGUUGUCUGUGUGUGUGUGUGUGUGUGUGAUAUUUUCAGUGUUGGUGAGAUCAUUUUGUUUCAUAAGUGAAUAAAGGAAUACACAGGUGAAUGCGGUGUGUUUGGUGGAGCAUUUAA